AUGAGCCAGAAAUUUUUGAAAGCGUGUGAAGGAAAAGCUGCAUAUCGUUUUAAACGUACCAUUAAUGGCAUAGAUCAUGAUAAUAUUGAUGAAUUAGAAAGCCCCAAUAUUGAUGAAUUAAAAGAAGCAGCAAAAAAAUAUCACGAAGAACAUGCUUCUUACAAAGUACGUAAAUCCCUUUACAUAGGAAACUCAAGCCGUACUACAAGAAGAAAGAAUCAGCAACAGCAUGAAGUAGCAAAGAGAACUUUUGUAUUGCAUACCUUUUGGAAUACUAAAGAAUCUACUGAGGAAAUUAAUAAUGAUAAUGAUGACCUGUUGGGUGAUGAAAUCAAGGAUUGUAAUUGGAAUAAUGAAAUCUCAACUGUUCUUAAAAAUCUGAAGUUAGAUAUUAAAAAAGAAAAAAUAAAAAGAAAAGGAGUAUAUUCUCGCUGUGGGCAUCAUGCUAAAAUAUCGAGUUUUCUUUGGAAUGAGGAUAUUCUUCUUCAAGUUAAAUCAUAUAUUCGGGAGCAUAAAUGGAAUGUUACUCCACAGAUACUGAUGAUACAGAUAAAUGAAGUUAUUUUACCAGGACUUGAAUUUGCGUCAUCUCCAACAAUCCAUAUCAAUACUGCAAGAAAUUAUUUGAAGAAGCUUGGAUAUUAUUAUGAAAAG